UGGCCAAUGACUCUAUGUUGACCAAAGUUGCCAAACGCAUCAUAAUAGCGUAGAACAAGUAACACACGGCGCUGUUCUCUCUCCUCUUUUCACUCUUUUUUUUCUUUUUUACUUUUCUUUCUUUUUUGGUUCAAGUCUCUCUUUCUGCUCUGGUGGUGGCUUUAUAGCAUGAUGAAAAAGCAGCAAACCAAAAAUUACUACGAGUACUACCCAUAAAGCCGGAACGAACACGACGGCGGUUUACGCUUUAUUAUACCCAUAACUCCCUCCUUUUCAUAUGGUCCCAAAAGAUGAGGCUUAAUUGAUCGCGCCCGUAAAAGAGAAAGACAGAGUGAUAGGGAUCCGACCCACGAGUUGGAACCAGCGGAAAUAAUGACUCGGGCUGGGGUUGCCGGAGAAGUGGAGGUUUCCGGCGGCGGGAAGACGGUGGUGGUGGGGGUGAAGUUGGAUUCUCCGAGCAGGGAGUUGCUGACUUGGGCUCUGGUUAAGGUUGCGCAGAGUGGUGAUCGUGUGAUUGCCCUCCAUGUUCUCGGUGACAAUGAAAUUGUGGAUCCAGAAGGCAAAUCUUCACUUCUCUCGCUUGUUAAAGCAUUUGAUUCUGUUCUUGCUGUGUAUGAAGGUUUCUGCAACUUGAAGCAGGUGGAUCUCAAGCUUAAGGUAUGCAGGGGUUCUUCUGUCCGAAAAGUUCUGGUGAGGGAAGCGAAGUCUUAUUUUGCUAAUGAAGUUAUAGUGGGAACUGCUCGAAAACACCAUACAAUUCGAUCAUCGGCCUCUGUUGCCAAGUAUUGUGGAAGGAAACUGCCAAAAGAUUGCUCAGUACUCGCGGUUGAUAAUGGGAAGAUUGUGUUUCAUAGAGAAGCAUCUCCGAUCACUAAUGGCUGUAGAAAAGGAAUCGUUGAUCAACAACAUAAUUUGCUCUGCGCAAUUCAACGGUCAGUUCUGAGUAAGAAUUCCAACAUACUACAUGUUGCUAGUGAGGAUGAAAACCCUCCUGGAACAAGCAAUCAGGGUGCUUGUAGAAAUUCGGAACUAGCCUUGGUGAAAGCAGACUCUCAUUGUGGAGAGAGUGCCUUGAAACAGAACUGUUCCAUUUGUUCCCCGGAAUAUCGCAUUUUGCUGGAAGAUUCAUGUGUCCAAUCAACAGAGUCAUCAACUUCUGGUGAUGGUGAUGGUGAUGGUGAACAAGACAACUCUAUGGCUCUAGUGACAGUACAGAAGGUAGAGGAUGAACCGAGUUCAAUCUCCUUGUUGAUAACUGAGAUGCCAGAACGGAAAUUUGGUUGGCCACUUCUUCGCCGUGCUUUCUUACCAGAUCGUCAGAUUUCUGUGGUUCAGUGGGCAAUGCAGUUGCCAAGCAGAAACUGUUUCUCAAGUGUGUAUUCAAACCAAAGUACUUGUAAUCAACAGGAAGAUCAAUCUUCUGAACUAGAUGGGGAAAGUGGUGCAAUUGUACUUGUUGGUGCUGAUACUCUUUCUGCUCCGUCCUCCCCUAGUAGUUCAAGAAGCAUACUGGAAGAAUUAGAGGGACUUCAUGAGAAAUACUCUUCAACUUGCAGACUGUUCAAGUAUCUGGAACUUCUGCGGGCAACAUCCAAUUUCACUCCCGCGAAUUUGAUUGGAAAAGGAGGAAGCAGUCAAGUUUAUCAAGGUCGCCUUCCUGAUGGCAAGGAAAUUGCUGUGAAAAUCUUGAAGCCAUCUGAAGAUGUAUUGAAAGAGUUUGUAUUGGAGAUUGAGAUUAUUACUGCCUUACUUCACAAGAACGUCAUUUCACUUUUUGGUUUCUGUUUUGAGGAUGGAAAUCUUCUCUUGGUUUAUGAUUUUCUAUCAAGAGGAAGCGUGGAAGAUAACCUUCAUGGUAAUAAGAAGGAUCCUUGUACGUUUGGGUGGAGUGAGAGAUAUAAGGUGGCUGUCGGUGUAGCUGAGGCACUGCAAUAUCUGCACACUGAAAGUGCUAAACCUGUGAUCCACAGGGACGUAAAAUCAUCGAAUAUACUACUUUCUGAGGAUUUUGAGCCACAGCUAUCGGAUUUUGGACUAGCUAAGUGGGCAUCUACAACCUCGUCACACAUCACAUGCACCGAUGUUGCAGGGACCUUUGGUUACUUGGCUCCUGAAUAUUUCAUGUUUGGCAAAGUGAAUGACAAGAUAGAUGUCUAUGCAUUCGGCGUUGUACUUCUUGAGCUUCUUUCCGGAAGAAAGCCUAUAAGUAACGACCAUCCAAAGGGCCAAGAGAGCCUGGUUAUGUGGGCAAAACCGAUUCUAAAUGGUGGAAAGGUUGCCCAGUUACUAGACCCUAGCCUGGCUAGAAACUACAAUAGUGACCAGAUGGAGAGGAUGGUUUUAGCUGCUACUCUCUGUAUCAGACGUGCGCCACGAGCUCGACCCCAAAUGAGCAUUGUCUUGAAGCUCCUCCAGGGUGACUCGGAGGUAACCAAAUGGGCAAGGCAACAAAUUGAUUCUUCAGAUGGGACUGAUAUGCUGGAUGAUGAGGCGUUUCCACGCUCAAAUCUCCAGUCCCAUCUUAACCUUGCAUUGCUUGACGUGCACGAAGAUUCUCUCUCCAUGAGCAGUAUCGAGCAAACUGUCUCGUUUGAAGACUAUUUGCGAGGCCGGUGGAGCCGCUCCUCAAGCUUUGACUAACUACGUGAUGCUUGGAAACAUUGCGCUUCCUUUUCGUUUGAUUCUUCUGUACAUCCAUCUCAUCUAGUUCUAUUUUUUGUUAAAGUUGGCUUCUCCCAUUUUCUUGGUUUCUUCGUCAUGGGUUGUGGAUGAGAGGUUGUUUGCCGGGGUGCCCUCCUCCUUCCCUUUCGCAGUCAUACUAUAGACUCUCCAAUUGAUGUAGUAACAUUUUCCAUUUUUCUGGAAAAUGUUCUUGGUUCUCCUCCUCAAAUAUGGGCUGAGAGCUGAAUUUGUUGGACUCAUGGAUUUUUUUUGGUUUUUGUUUAAGGGGGUGUUGCAAGCAAGUGCUGCUGCAUGUAAACCUCAAUAAGGCUAAUAAAAGGUGAUUUUGAUUUCUUUUUC